UCCCCUCUCCCUUGGGAAAACCGCCGCACGAAGACUGAAGUGAGGGACCACAUCCCCACGAUGCAGGGACCCCCUUCACCCCCACUGCUACCGAAAUGACAAGCUGGGCUGCACCAGGGAGACCGUGGGGAGGCAGAGGGGAGGGAGAGCUCAUCCCUCCUCCCUCUCUGCCUCAAAGCCUUUUGCUUUCCAAGCUCAAAUGCAAGCUGAAAUCUGAUGCCUGGACUGCAUAUGCAGUGAGACGUGGGCAUGCCCUCGCAGUGCACCGAUUUCCUCCGUGCCUUGGAGAGCCAGAGCCGUGCCGAGGCUCCAAGCGGAGGAGCCGCACCAUCAGGCAGCGAGUGCCACAUCACUGCGCUGCCUGCACAAGGGCUCCAGCAUGGUUCCGAGCCUGCUGCUCCUCCUCACCGGGCUGUUUAGGGCCACAGAGCCAGCACCCCGCUGUGAAACCGGCCAGGAGACCCUAGGUCAAUGCCAAACUGCACAGAAAGCAAAAUGCGUGGACAUCUCCUUAAGUUCUUGUACAGAUGUUACCUAUACUCAAACGAUGUAUCCUAAUUUCCUGGAUCAGAAGUCUCGAGAAGUGAUUGAGUACAGCUCUGAGUAUAUUCUCAUAAGUGUGCUGCACAACUUGCUGCAAGGAGAAUGCAAUCCAGAUCUGAGGCUCCUGGGGUGCUCAGUGCUGGCCCCACAGUGUGAAAAAGACAAAGUUAUAAAGCCUUGCAGGCAUGUCUGUGAAAACCUGAAAAAAAACUGCCUCUCUGCUUUUGAUGCAAUAGACAUGGCCUGGCCCUACUUCUUAGACUGUGAUCGUUUUUUUGCUGGGGAAGAAGAAGGAUGUUUUGACCCACUGGCAAAGCUGAGAGGAGAAGUAGUUGUUGAAGAAGAUUUGCCUUCAGACUUGCCAGCUACUUUUAUUCAGUUCAAGCAUCAUUCAUAUUCCCAAAUGGUGAGCACAUUGAAGAAGACCGCUUCUAGAUGCUCCCAUAUUGCAACAACUUACAGCAUAGGUCGCAGUUUUGAAGGAAAAGACCUUUUUGUGAUUGAGUUUUCAACCAAGCCUGGUCACCAUGAGCUACUCAAGCCAGAAUUUAAGUACAUUGGCAAUAUGCAUGGAAAUGAAGUUGUGGGAAAAGAACUGCUGAUAUACCUUGCUCAGUAUCUGUGUUCAGAGUAUCUUCUCGGGAACCCUCGCAUCCAAACUUUGAUCAAUAACACCAGAAUUCAUCUCCUGCCUUCACUCAACCCAGAUGGGUAUGAACUGGCUGCAGAAGAGGGUGCUGGUUACAAUGGAUGGGUGAUUGGCCGGCAGACAGCUCAGAACUUGGACCUGAACAGAAAUUUCCCUGAUCUGACUUCAGAAGCUUACAGAAGAGCUGGGAUUCGUGGGGCCCGCCUGGACCAUAUCCCCAUUCCACAAUCCUACUGGUGGGGUAAGGUGGCACCUGAGACCAAAGCAGUCAUGAAGUGGAUGAGGUCCAUCCCAUUUGUGCUCUCUGCCAGCCUCCAUGGGGGUGAACUGGUUGUGACUUAUCCUUAUGACUAUUCAAGGCAUCCUAUGGAAGAAAAAGAGUUCUCCCCUACUCCUGAUGAGAAGCUGCGCAUUAGCGGAAAGUUGGGUUUCCUGUUGCUCUCUCCUGCGGUCCGGGAGUGGAUCAGACCUACUUCGCGAUCUCUGCCUGAGCCUGUGCCUCGCAGCUGCUCGUCUGCGCAUGAGUCGCCGCGGGAGGCUCCGCGGCUGGAGUAUUUCAGGGGCUGGGCACCGGGGUAA